AUCUGCCUCUCCCAUGGAUCGUAUCACAUACAUCCCAGGAACCUCUCCAGCUUUUCCCAGCGGAGCCUACAACACAUCUCCCAUCUCACCAGUGGGAGCCUCUCACAUGAGCAAGAUCCAAGGCAGUUCGACGUCCUCAGAGAGAGAAAGAGAACGGGAGAGGGAGAGAGAGAGGGAAAGAGAGCGGGAUCGUGAGAGAGAGCGAGAGCGGGAUCGAGAGAGGGACAGGGAACGAGACCGAGAGCGAGAGCGUGAGAAAGACAGGGACAGAGAAAGAGACAAGUCCCUCGGUCAUGGUAACGUGGAACAUGCCCCUAUAUGGAGACCAGGAGCACCAGAACAGGUGGGUGGCAGCAGCAGUUCUCGUCCCCAAUCUCAUCCAUACAGUCACCAGUCGUCUCCGCUCUCCCCUCGUCCCCAGGACAGCCUGCAGCAGAGACCUAGUGUUCUGCACAACACCAGCUCAAAGAGCCUGCCCAAUUCUGAGCACAACAGUCCCUCUGUGCUGCGGCCACCAGGAUCUGCUCGCUACCAGGGCUUCAGUGGGCACCUUCGGUCUGGUCUAGCCAAUGAGGGUUACCCAUCCGGUACAGACUCAAACGCUAAAGAUUCAAAUAGAGAUGGGGGCAAAAGCCAUGGGCGUGGAGGUCUGCCCAAACAUCAGGACCUUUCAUCCUCUUCCAAGUCUGACCCCAAGCUGGCCAGCCCUGGUGCCGGUGGGUCAUACCCCUCUCCGUACAGCCAGGCCCCUGGUGCCCACCUCGGUCUGCCCACAAGUCGAGGGCACCCCUUGCUGGCUUCCGAAAACAACAGCGGCAGCGGUUCCAUCCCGUCCCGCGGUGGGGAUGGCAUCAGCAGCGCGUCAAGUAGGGAAAAGACUCAAAACAAAGUGAUGUCCAUACAGGAACACGAACUUCGAGCACUCGGUAAGACCACCAUGACAGCGGCCAACUUCAUAAACGCGAUAAUCAUGCAUCAAAUUUCUUGUGAUGCGGCGAUGCCAGAGACUGGUGCGCUCGCGACCAACGGCACCUGUGAUGGUAAGACGCUCUGGGACCUUUGGGCUGUUAACGCCACCUUCCCUCCCCUCCCUUUCCCUCCCUGUCAUUCCUGUUCUCUACCAAUCCACCCAACACCUUUCCAUCCCUCCACCCUUCUUCUUCCCCUCCUGCGCCCCUGCCCCAUCCCCACCCCCUUACGUCUGUGGCCUAGUGCACGCUUGUGGUGGUUGGCAUUGAUCAGAAUCAACCCGGUUUCCAUAUUCUUUCGGUUUGGUUAUUUUUGUUUUUUUGAAUAUGCUUCUACCUAUUGCUUUUUAUAUUUUUUUGGCAUCUGAAGCAUUGCUUAAAGACCACCAAAGGUUUACCUCCCCUCUUGCAUCACCUAAACCUAUUUGACCGUUUGCCAAAUCCAGAUUUUGAGGGGAGAUUCUGCACGUUUCAGUCCAAACUUCCACAAAUGAAUGUAGUGAAGCUCAUUAAAUGAUUUGAGC